AAAUCGUAGGCGGAAAAAAAUUCUCAUGUUUCUCCUACAAAUUUAAGCUUUUAACGGCCAAAACAACGACUUUUAAGGCUCAACAAUGGGCAGUAACGUCAGCCAAAGUGACAGCGAUGACGAUUUUUUGUCUGACGACCCUUCUGAUGGCGAAGAAGCCCGCGACCCGACGCAAAUUCGCGGCGGGAGGAAGAGUUUCGAUCUGGACUUGCUGUUCGAUCACGGGAAACUGCGCGAUGCAGCUUCAAAAAUCAAGGACGGUUUGCCCGAGAAUGUUCUACAGCAACACCAGGGGCACCUGAUCCGCUGGCUGGAGGACCGCAGCGCGCGGAACGAGGAGACGGUCUCGCUGUCUCAGUUCUGCGACCAGCUCAUGAACCACCGCGGGGUCGGCAGGGAGGAGAGCGAACAGGCAUUUUCCCAGUUUGACACAGAGGGAGAUGGUUACACAGAAGUACAGGCCAUGCUGGAGACUCUGAAGUCAUCCAACGGAGCAAACCUGCAGGGAGAACUGAACUAUGUAGUACGCAGUCUACAGUCAUGUAUCCUCACUCCCGGGUUUGUGGAUGUGUUCGCUUCAGACAGACACAGCGUAUCGCAGCACGGGAAGCGGAUGUUAAACUUCCUCCUGCGGAACCGAACUCCGAGCUCCGCCCUCCCCUUCUCCAUCCUGGACGGCUUCAACAACACGUCAGCCAUGCGGAUGGCUGUGCUCAGGGAUCAUCUGCAUCAGCUGAAGGGUGCCAUGUCUGAGUCAGAAGAGGCCAUAGCCAUCAGUCCCACCCAGGAGCAGAGGGUCAUCUCCAAGUGUUACAAAGGCAUCGACGUGUCCACUAACAAAGCUGACGUCCAUCGUAUGACAGACGGGGACAUGUCCACUUACUGGCAGUCUGAUGGGUCAGCACGCUCACACUGGGUGCGAAUCCACAUGAAGCCGAAUGUGGUUCUGAAACAGCUGGCGAUCCAUGUGCAGUCAUCAGACCAGAGCUACAUGCCCCAGACUGUCACUGUGUCUGUGGGGAAGAGUCCUACGUCAUUACAUGAGAUUAAAGAGGUGCGUAUCCCCAGCCAUGUGACGGGUGAUGUGACUCUGCUGGAGAAUGCCAGGAUGCACUACCCCGUGGUCCAGAUCAACAUCCGCCGUUGCCAUAGUGACGGCUGUGACACCCGCAUACACGGCCUCAAAACGCUGGGAUUCAAGAUGUCAGAAGAUCGUGGUGUGAGCAUUGCGGAUGCCUCAGCGGUGUGGUACCUGUCUGUCCUGGCCUCCACAGCCACCGCCUCCAUCCCCACCAACCCUGCGCUGGCCCAGACCAUCCUCACCCACACCCGCCAGGCCCUCAGACACAUGCCCCCCCUCUCCUUGCUGCCCGGCUCCAAGGCAUGCCCGUCGUUCCUCAGCCCUACACUGCUGGAUGAGAUUGAGAGGUUCCUGAAGACUAUUGUGGUGACUGAAGAAGAGAAGGUGCAGAGUGCUGAUGGUCUACUGGUGCUGAUGUCCCUGUCUCUGGCCCGAGGAAGGCUGGUCAGUGUCCUGGAGACGCUGUCCCUCCUGGCCGAGAACCAGGACAUGGAGAUGCUCGCUGUGCCACUGCUCAAGUCCAUGCACAAGGUCACCGAGAACUUCUGGAGGAAGUACGGCUAUCCCUUACAGUUGUCCCUUACUGGCUGUGAUGGCGGGCAGAAGGACAACAACUGCCCCCCCUCCAUUGUGCUCACCUCCGACUGGUCCACAGAAACUUACUACACCGCCAUGGGCAAGAAAACUGUCAACUUCUUCUUCAGAACCGAGGGCGAAACUGCUGUCCAGCUCACAAGGGUCCGCAUCAAGGUCCCCAAGGGUGGCACUGGGGCGAAAUCCGGGAUGCUGUUCCUGUACAACGCUGCUGACGAGUUUGACCUUGAAACGCACUCGCGGAGGUUCCGUGAGUACGACAAGAUGACCUCAUCACAGUAUGAUGUCAUGAACAAGAUGAGGAGCGUGGGAGUCGGGAAGGCAGAAGAGACGCCGAUCGCUUUCUUCACGUUCGAGGAGGACUGGGACGAGGUUGACGUGAACGUUGAUGUGUGCACGCGCGGAACAUUCGUCCUCCUGAAGAUCACCGGGCCUCGCUCCGACUCCGCCGAACGCGUGGGCCUGAUGGGCGUAAAGUUCUACGGCUUCCAGCGUCCCCACACCGCCAACGCGGCCGAAGACAUCGGUAUUAACCAAUCCAGUCGCAUAACCGUCGACGACAACAACCCAAUCGACGCUGUGACCGUCUUCAUCCGUAUGUUGUCUUUUCUGGUGGACAUGACGCGCGACGCGCCCGCGAAGAAGGAUAGUUUCCGCUCGUCGAAGCUCCAAACGAUCGAUCUAACCGGGGUGUCGAUAGAAAUGCUGUGGAAGCUGUAUUGUCACAUCCCCGGGAAGGAUAAGAUCUGGGGAGAGAGGAUCGCCAAAGUCAAGCUGCUGCAGCUGCUCAAGUGUUGCUUCCCCUUCCUGGCGGCCACUGCUGCUGCGUGUAAGGAGAAGGAGAAACAAGAGGCCAAACAGAACAGUUCAGGUGAGAUCGCUGCAGGUGCGAUGUUCACUCACCUGUGUGACGUGGUGGACAGUCCAGAGAAACACCUGAAACCCAUCAAGGUGGUGGCCGAGCAGGUCAUACUGGACGGAGCUUCCGUGUUCUUCCCUGACAAGGAUGCCCGCCGUAAGCAGCUGUUCCAAAUGAUGGACACCAUCUCCAGUCAGGAGCAGCCUGCUUCAGCUGUGCUCACCUUCCAGUCUCUGUGCCAGUUCUUCAGUAGUGUGGACCCCAGCGGCCUGCUGGCAUUGCCAACUGCUGAUACAAAGGAGGACUUCAAAGUUGACCAGGCCCUUGCUGUAAUGGACACCCUGCUGUCCGUGGCCCACCGUGAGUGCUCGGCGACGCUAGCCGGGGAGAAGGGCUCGAACGGUCGCGCCUCGUUCCUCGUACGUCUGCUCUGCUCCCUACAGGGCAGCCUCGCCACAUGGUGCUGUAAGCAGAUGGAGGGAGACGACAGCAACAAAGGCGCGCCCACGCAGGAGUCUGUGGGGCUGGCCACAACUCUGCUGCAGAAAUACACAUUCCUGCUGAGUCGACACUGUACAGAGCUGCUGGGGAAGCUUGUGGAGAUGGGAGAGAAGGCUGAAGCUGCACUGGCCAACCUGCAGCACUCAUUCUUAGCCACGGCACUGCCACAGAUGAUAGUGUGGCUGAUGCUGCUAUGUGAGAAGCCCAUCCCCCAUGUCUCCACCAUGCACACACUGCAGCCUGUAGCCGCUGAGCUGCACAGGCUGGCAAAGAACCUGACAAACACCUUCUACAAACUGGACAGUGAGCAGUGGUCAUCCAUCGGUAAUGACCAGGUUGUCCUGAGGACGUGGAACGUGGAAUCUCCGCAUAACUACGAGAACAACCAGCACUCCACACAGAUCUUCACCUGUCCCGGCGCCACGCACUUCGUGGUGGAGUUUGAUCAGAGGAGCGAGACAGAAAAAAGAUAUGACUACUUGGAGUUCACAGAUGCCCGAGGGGUACGCACUCGCUAUGACCAGAAGGUCGGGACAGAAAAAUGGCCGCUCAAGGUCACGUUCCGUGGAAGUCAUCGGCUACAGUUCCUGUUUCACUCUGACAGCAGCAACAACGAGUGGGGAUACAAGUUCAAGGUGACAGCUCGAGGGUCUCCAGAUGUUCCGCUGCCGUGGCUGUUUGACCUUCAGCUGGGUCUGAGUCGGCUGGUCGGGCGGCUGUGUGGGACAGCACUGGGGAAGGCACAGAUAGUAGACAAGGACACCAAAGAUGAAGAGAACCUUCUUCAGCGUAAUGAGCUGUGGGGAACCCUGUUCAGGGGAGGGUAUCUGGUGGGGAGACUGACCCGGUCACUGUCUGGUCUCCACACCUCGCAACCGGCCACUACAGAUGUCCACUCUUUCCUGUUAAACAUGGCAGAGGGCAGUGUCGACGCUCCUGCUGCCAGGCAGCUACUGGCAAAAUGCCAGGAGGCCUGCCCUAACCCGCGGCUGGGUGGGGACCUGUUGGACCGUACCAUUGCUGCUGUGUUCGGUGCCCUCUUGUGGCACACACAGGAACUGCGGGAGGAGGUGGAACAGUACAUGGGGAAGGAGGGAACACCUGUACCUGAGGGCAUCACACAGGCGUACAUGGCAGCGGAGAGCCUGCGCCCGUACCUGCUGGACCAGCGUCAGAAGCUCAUCGUGUCCUCCGACGCGGAGAAGACGGACGACAAGAAGGACGAGCCGCCCAGCGCGCUGCCCAAACUGUUCGCCACCCCAGACAACCUGAUCCUGGCCUGUAAGGACAAGGCCCUGUUCCUGCUGCAGUUCUCUGGGCUGGCCAGGUAUGGCAUGUCUAUCAGAGUGGAGUCCCAGACUGACCUACGACCCAAGAUGCAGAGGUCGAUGAGCAGAAAGCUGAGUCGGCAAGUUUCUGUGGACAGGUCCAACCGGAAACAGUUCCAUGCUGUUGUUCUCCACCCUCCCAACCCUGCACUGGGAAUGGGGACCACCUAUGGUCUGGAGCAGGAAAGUUACCUCGGCCGUGAGGCAGAAGACCAGUACGCCUCCUUCAAACUGGUGCUGGACUUCAUGCGAGAUGUCAGCAUCACCAAGGACAAGGUGGAGAGACUCCUGCAGGAGAGGCUACAGAAGGCUCAGACGGUCGCUGAUGCCUACAGGUUUGCUGCUGAGUACCUCAAGACCAUGGCUGAACCUAAGGACUUCCAGGUGCCAGUAGUACUGUUCCUACAGGAGCUGCUAUGCUCCCAGCAGCAGUUCCCAGCUCACUAUGCCAGCGGUAUGGAGGGAUGUGGACUGGACCUCGAAGCUCAGGUUCGCACAUCAUACUACACCCUGGUCCGUCGUCUGGUCCACGUUGUCAACACCUUCCCACAAGGCAACGGGGCGCAGCACCUGAAUGCGACCUUUGACCUGCUCCAGGCCAGCCUGGUGCACUUCCUUGACAUUGACUGGCAGCCGUACGACCUUGGGUUUGUGCGGGAGAUCGGGUUACCGGCCAUGCUGCUGCAGAUGGCGAAGAGCAGCAUCAGCCUGCAUGACGUCAGCACCAGGCAGGAGGACGAGGAGAAGGAGGAUAAGCAGUACACAGACUGCAUGAAAUGGUUCAAUGACUGUAAGAACAACCACACUCCGUGGUUCACCAUGAUAAAUGACGCAGCCGACCAGGAGGAGAAGCGAGCCAUGCACAUGUUCGUUGCGCGGUUCUGCGACCUGCUGGACGUGGAGAUCCGCUGCGACGGCUGCGAGAAAGUGUUGCCGGGGCAACGGUACCGCUGUCUGCAGUGUUCCGAUAUGGACCUCUGCAACACAUGCUUCCUGGAUGGAGCAAAGCCUGAGGGCCAUGAGGACGACCAUGACCUUGUUCAUCUGCAGUUCAAGUGUGACCAGUGCCAGGCCUUCAUCGUGGGCACACGCAUCCACUGUAACACCUGCGAGGACUUUGACCUGUGCCUGGGCUGCAGCAAGGCCAGGGACUACCCGGAAUGCCACAAGGAGAACCACGAUGUCACGACCUACCAGCUGAAGACCAUCAGCAGCAACAACCCGUCCACCGGCCAGCACAUCAAGACCUACAUCCACAACCAUGGCUGGCUGCUCUUCUCUUCACUCGCUCUCUCCCUCUCCAAGGACCUCCAUAACAACAACCUGGCAGGACAGUAUCUCACUAACGCACAGGAGCUGCUCAAGGGAUGUGUGGAGCUGAUCACACAGUGUCUUAAGCAUAUUGUACCAGAGGGGAAGUCACUACCAACCAGGUCCCAGUCUAUGGCUGCGUUGUCACCAAGCAGUGGCCCAGCAAGCCCGGGUUUCCACCCCGUACUCAAGAGCAUCUCAUUCCCGGGGUUCCCAACGGUCGGCAAAGACGGUACAGAGGAGGUUGGAUCGGAAAAAGACAAGUCCAAAACCUCCCAAGAUGAAGCAAAAAGGAAAGAAGAUUCUAAGAGUGAAGAGAAAGGAGCAACUGCUGUGGCUACAAAAAAAGAAGAUGAUGUGGGAGUAGCUGCAGCAAAGGAUGAAGAGAAAGAAAAGGUGAAAACAACAUCCUCAUCUGAAGAGAAAGAAAAAGACCCUCCAUCUACUGGUGCCACAGAAAAGAAAGAUGAAGAAAAGGAAGAAGCUUCAUCAGAAGACAAGAAAGAAAAGACAGAAGGAGCUGAGAAGACGGAAGAAAAGUCACCCAAGGUCAAGCAGAGUAAGGACGGUUGGUCGCUGGACAAGGCGUUUGCAGAGUGCUCGCAGGAGAGGAUUCUGGGAUUGCUGGCGGCCAUGUUGCCUGAACCUGGAAAGGGUCCUGACUGUGCCAUGGAUGUGUUUAAUGUGUCCAAGCUGCUGCCACUGUUGUUUGAUAUCGUGAAGGGAGGUGCUGGCUACAACAUCAACACUCAACACCUGGCACUGGGGCUGCUACAGAAGUUCCUACGCAGGAUCAACCCUAAUGCCUCGGACACAGCAAUUGUGGUGUGUUUUGCCUGGCCGUCCAUCACACCAGAGUUCCUGACGGGACAGACCACAGUCGAUUUCCUCUUCUCCCUGGGAGCCUCAUGUCUGGAGUGGCGAGGGCUGGACUGGGUCGCACCGCUGGCUACAGCACUGCAGUCUCUAUGCCAGACCAAACAGUGGAGACCCCUGUUGAACACUCGCUUCAGUAAGAGUCUGGACAGCCUGCCUACAGACCUCUCCCUGUCCCAUGUGUUUGCUCUUUUCGUGAUGGCGGGUUUCCCGGAGGUUCUGUGCCCCGGAUCACAGGCCACACUGCAGGACAAUGUGGGGGACAUCAAACCUGUUGUGGUCGUCAAGCAUUUCUCAGAGAAGGGUGAGGUGAUGGUCAUGGAUGUGAGGUCACGGAGGAGGAAGACGGUCAAGGAUUACCAGCUGGACCACCAGGUCCAGCAGGAGCCUGUGCUUGACGGUGAGCGUUUUGGCAAGCUGCUGACGAUCCUGUCCGGUGUGAGUCGUGAGCUUGUAGAGGCUCGGGAGGACAGGAGCAGGGUGGAGAGGGUCUGGGUACUGGCACUCACACUCAAGGCUGUGCUGCUCUGUAUAAGGAAUGAUAAGAACGGGAGGUGCACCCGGGACCUGGUAGAGCAGGGCCUGUGUCCCGCCCUGGUGCAGCUGGCCAGCAAAGGCACCGGCUUCAGUCGCCAGUGGCUCCUAAAGGACCUCGAAGUCCUCGGUGUCACCCUGUACCGUCCCGAGAAACCCAACAGCGAGGAGAAGGCAUCUUCCGAGACAUCUUCGGAUUCCGAGGCCACCCCGGCCUCGAAGGACGUGACCCCGGACAUGCCGGUUGCGCAGGGGCUCGAUCCGUGCGAGGGAUUGGACGAAGCGACGAAAAUCUGCUUCCAGAUCACCCACGAGGCGCUGGGAGCACCGAUGGCCAUUCUGCGGGCGAUCUACGAGCUCCACGGGAAGCAAACCAACGACCUGCUGGAUGAGGUGCAGAAGUGUUUCGAUGGUGACGCUUUCCACGCAUCGGAGGAGGUCCGGAAGAUGGCGGCAAAAUGGCAAGUGACGUCGGAGGAGCCAAAAGUUGAGCACACUCCUGAGGAUUUUGAGAGCCGUGCGACUGACGUAGGCGUGAUCCCGUUCAUCCCCCUCCCGAUGAAGCCCUCGGCACACCUGGUCGCUGUGGAGGAACCCUCCACCUGCGGGGAGAAACUCAUCAAGACGUCCGAGGCUGAGCUCAGGGACAGUUAUGAGAAGCAGCAGAGGUCUAAGAGCUCAGCACUGCUGAAGAAGGAGGUACAGACUCAUGGGAAGGCAGCCUCAAGGAAAUACCUGUAUCAGGUGAACAUGGCGGUUGCCACCCUGUACGCGCGCCACGUGCUGUGCUCGGUGCUGGCCAACUGGCCCGAGAGCAGCACGAUAAAGAGCGAGACACUGGGGUUCCCGCCGGGGCUAGAGACACACCUCGCCAGCCUGCUGGACCUGCUGCAGAGAGUUGUUGAGAAGGAUGACUUCCAGCAGGUAGUAGAGAACGUGGUGACCCACUGCGGAUCAGAGAUGUUGGCUGUGUUCGCUAAGGCCACCUGUCAGUUCAUGGAGGAAACCAACCUGGCUACAGAGACUAAGGAGUCAGCACAUCCUUACAAGUCUAACACUGAGAUCACUGACAAGGUACACAUCCCCAAUGCUGUGUUCCUGUCGGUGAGGUUCGACCCACAAUGCCAUACAGAGGAGGACUGUGAUGAGCUGGCCAUGUCAUCCAGCAAGGACCUCAAACAGGACCGCCAUGUGUUCAGCGGGCCCCACAACAAGUGGGCCGGGUUUGACAUCCCGGGAGACACUCUGUACUACAAGUUUGAGGGGGACAGCUCCUCCAAGCUAUGGGGAUUCAAGUUUACUGUGACUGGAGGCAGAAGUGGCAGGUUCAACACAGGUUACGUCAUCCUCAACACCCUGCUGUCCAAGUCAACCGUCUUCUGCCACCUGCCAAUCAAACUGCUGUGGGAGUGGCUUGUGCAGGUGGCCUGUCGCCAGACCAGCCAGCAGAGGUUAAAGGUCGUGGAGCUGCUCCUGCGCAUCCUGACGGCCUGCUCGCUGCGUUCCUAUGGCAACGCCCCGCCCGACCAGGACAUUGACCUCAGCCUGCUGAAGCCGCUGUGGAAGCUCUACAGUACGAUGCCUGAUAAUACUGACUCUUCGGCUACCAUCUUACCUCCGCUACAGAGGGCUCUCACAGAACUGUUCAUCCUAGCAGAAGACCUGGCUAUGGAGUGGGGCAUCGAAGACAGCUACCUUCUGCAGGUGAUGGAUGAAGAUGCCUUCCGUAAGAGUGCGGCCCAGGGUCUCCGGAACGUGGCUGCCAUCAGCCUGGCGAUCAAGUACAAGAACAAAGCUACAGACGCCGUGGAACAGGCCCCUGCUGCUCCAAAGGCUCCGUGACACUGUGGGACUAGAACCCUGUACUCCUGCAUUGUAACUCUACUCAAGGCAUUCAGUUUACUGCAGAAUCAAGGUACCAUAUUUAUGAUGGAAGUAUGGAACGCUGAAAAGUUUGAUUGGAGAAAGGAUCAGUUCACACAAAUUUAAUUCAUAGAGAACAUAGGCUACAGAUAGAGGCUUUAAAACAGGCCCCUGCUGCUUCAAAGGCUCCGUAACUGCAGGAUUCGAACCCUGCACUCCUGUACCAUUCAAACAUCACUGCAGACUGAUUUGAGUCACAUUGGAUGAACCCUGCACCCCUCUAACCCAAGGCAUUUCAACAUGAUAGAACAACUUGGAUUUGGGAAAUAGGUACUUUUACAUGAUUGUAACUUUCUUUGUACAUGUCAUUUGUAUAUUAAGUUACACCAAACAAAUUCGAUUGCUAGUCCUCAGAUGAAGGCUACUUCGGCUUUGGAGCAAGCCCCUUGGGAAUCAAAGGUUCUGUGAUGCUGCGGGAUUCAAACCCAUGCACUCCUCUACCCAAGGCAUUUGAACAUGUCGCCAUAUUUAUGUUAGAGCUCAAUCAACUUGAAUUUGGAAAAUGCAGUCUUUAGAUGUAUCAAAUACGUAAGACUUAUUGAUAAAUAAUUAUUUACUGGUAUUAUUUUUGAGCCAGAGGAAUUCUAUUAUGUAUGCCACUGGCUAAUUAAUUGUGUUGCAUGUUGAACCAUUUUAAGAGUUGUUCUGUGU